AUAUCAGCCCUUUGUGAAGUCAUUGGUUGUCAGGCAACUGCCCAGAAUGUUUACUAGUGAGGCAGUUCUAUAUAUCUGACUUGUAUGAGUCGGAAGCUGAAGUCUAGGUGGGACGAUCACAAACCAAACUGUGGGCAGUGAAUAGCCUAAGAGCCCACAUUUCCUGUCCAACCAAAUGGAGCCAGAUCCAUGGGAAAUAUCAGCUGUCUCAUGUCUAGUGUUCCUGGCAUACUGCUUAUUCCAGAUGCUCUGGGCCAAACUCAACAUCUUACGACUAUGUGUUGCUGUAAUCCGGAUUCAUCUGACCUCCAUAUUUUUUACUGUUAUGGUUCCGAGACAGCAAGAAGGCAGAGAAGGAAAUGAAGAAGAGAAAGAAAAAGGAGAAGAAGAAGAAGAAUCAGAAGAAGGAGAAGAAGAUGAAGAUGAAGAUGAAGAUGAAGAUGAAGGAGGAGGAGGAGGAGAAGGAGGAGAAGAAGAAGAAGGAGGAGGAGAAGGAGGAGGAGGAGGAGAGGGAGGAGGAGGAGAAGGAGGAGAAAAAGAAAAAGGAGGAAAAAGAAAAGGAAGAGAAGGUCGAAGGGAAGGAAGUCAAGGAGGAGGAGAGGGGAAAAGAGAAGGUAAAGAAAGAAGCAGAGAAGGAAGAAGAGGAGGAGAGGAAGAAGGAGAAGGUAGAAGAGGCAAAAGAGGAGGCAAAAGAGAAAGAGGAAAUGAAGGAGAAGAUGGAGCUGAAAGAGGCAGAGAGGAAGGAGAUGAAAACCCCAUUGGUCACCACAGCAGAAACUGGCAGAACAAAUGAAAAGCUUCUGGGAAUUCAUUGCCUUUUGUCUAUCUGUAGCCAAGCUUCUAUGGAUGGACAAUAAAAUGAAGGGGUAGUGAAAUGUC